CUUCCACCAUCCCAUUUUCCCUGUUUAUAUUGCUCCGGCCUCUUUCAUAACCAACACCGUACACCGACCUCUCAGUCUCACUUGAAAUUCCUACAAUUUGCUGUUUCUAUGAAUUGAUUAUUUGAUUGCUGGGGCGAUUUCUGUUUUGCGAGUUCACUUAUCUGAUUGAGAUGGAACUUGAUCCGGCGCCCCUUUUCGGUGGUUAUUUAGAGCCAUUUCAGCCGCCUGUAAAAUUUUCCGAGCACCUGGUCACCACUGACAAGCAUGCUCCGGGCUUUUCAUCGAGAGCUCGGAACAGAGUUGUACGGAUUGUGGUCACAGACGCCGACGCCACGGACACCUCCGACGAUGAAGUCGAUGGAUUUGUUAGUAGAAGGGUGAAGAGGCACGUGUGGGAGAUUAGGCUUGUUCCGCCGCCGCAGAGGGUGGACUCGCGGGUUCAGAUCAGAUCUAGCAGUACCAAAAAGAGGGGCCCGUCGGAAUCCGGCCGUUUUAACCUGAAGAAGUUCAGAGGAGUGCAACCGCGGCCGUGGGGACGUUGGGCGGAGGAGACUCAGGGAAAACGGAUCUGGCUGGGAACGUAUGGCUUCCGGGAAGAAGCUGCCGCCGCCUACGACCGCGCUGCGGUAAUGCUGAACUGUGACGGCGCCGUCACGAACUGUCUGAAGGAAACGGUAACGGACGAUGCACUUUGUCGCGCGGCUAACGGUACCUUCGCAUCAAACGACGUCGCUUUGUCCCCCGCGUCCGUUCUCCGGUGCGACGACUUCGCUCCAUUUAACAGCCCGGUGAAGAGUGACGUCACCUCAAACGACGCCACCGCCGAUGAGUUAACGGCGUUCGAUCAUCUGGAGUUCAGCGGAGGUUUUGACUAUUCAGUGGGUGAUUACGACCUGCCCUUUGGUGGUUUGUCAGGUUACCCAUUCUCCGGAAAAAGCCGAACGGAGGUAUUCGAAGAGUUUGACUUUGACGUUUUUCUCUGUGACGUCAGGUGAAAUUGUUACACCAUUCUCCAAUGGCUUAAUUGUAAAUUACUCCGUAGUUGCAACAUGUUUUUCGCGGGAAAUGUGAGCGUGACAUGGCAGUUUUGGCGGCAAAAAUCACCAGUGGAAUGCAGCGAGUAGAUAUUUCGUCAGUUUCUACUUUCUUAAAGAACAGUUCAUUUUAGGGGUGGGCAAAUAUACCGAACCGGCAUGAUACCGAACCGGACCGGUAUGGUACCGGACCGAUAAAUGGGGUUUGAAACGGAUCUCAAAAUUUUUGUCCCGAACCGGACCGAACCGGUUCCAAACAAUGCCAUGACCGGUUCUCAUAAAAUGAGAACCGGUACCGGACCGAAGUAUGGUUUAUUAAAUUUGUACUACUAUAGUUUAUCUAAAAUAUAUUAAUUACCUCAUCCGUCCCAAAUUGAUUUGCAAAGC